AUGGAUUUCCUCUGUUGCCUUUACAAUGGUGACCACGCGCCCUCCGAUUCACCUCAUCGCACUUCCAACAUCAUCACAGAGAAACCAACCCUUCAUCUUCCCAUCAAUUCCACCAUCGAGGAAACCGCUGAAACCGUCAUCGACAUUCUUCUUUGUGUAGAAAAACCAGGAGCUCUCCUCUCGGCGCAACUUGAUGACGCAGUGUCCGGUCAUGGAUGGUCCGAGUGGCUAGCCCAAAACAUUCUGAAGAAGUUGGAGGACGUACUGAGAGAUGAACGUGAGCAAAUGGGCCCAGCUAUGGCUGAAGCACAUGACCAAGCUUGCAAGGCUGCAGAGAUUACAUUCCUAGAUGUAUUUGAAAACGCCAAAGAGCACCCUGCCGAGAUUGCCGCCACUGUGUUGCUCUCCGUUGUUGCGUUCGGCGUGCUAGUGAGGUUGAUACCUGGGGUCCUGGAACUUCUAGGCUUCAGUGAACUGGGACCAGUUGCCAGCACUUUCGCUUCUUGGUGGCAAUCUACGUAUCGCGGAUAUGUUCACGAAGAAUCUCUUUUCUCUUUCUUCCAGAGGCUAGCUAUGAAAUGGGCAAAGGCUAAAGAUGCGACUCGCAAAAUGAAUCAUAUUUGUGAUUAACGCAUACAAAGGGGAUAUAUAUGUUGCAUAACGCUAUAAAUGCU